CUCUCUUCUUAUUCAUUGUCAUUUACGUGGCCGACGUUUAUUUAGUUGUAUUUCUUGUUUGUCUUGAAAUUCAAUUCAUAAUAUUCGAUUCAAAUAAUGUUACAUAGUUUUAUAUGAUUAAGAGAGGUACUGUAGUAUAAAAGUACAAAAUGGGUCUUUGCAAAUGCCCAAAACGGAGAGUAACUAAUCAAUUUUGUUUUGAACAUGGAGUCAAUGUUUGUGAAUAUUGUAUGGUUACGAACCACCCAAAAUGUAUCGUCCAAUCUUAUUUACAAUGGUUGCGAGACAGUGAUUACAAUCCUAUUUGUGAAAUCUGCACGAAGAAUCUAAGUGAAGGAGAGUGUAUUCGGCUCACUUGUUAUCAUGUUUUUCAUUGGGCAUGUGCAGAGUCUCGUUACCGUGCCUUACCAGAAACAACAGCCCCUGCAGGUUACCAGUGCCCUUCUUGUGCCACACCUGUAUUCCCACCCUCCAACCUUGUAUCACCGGUUGCAGAUGUGUUGAGAGAAAAACUAGCUGGAGUCAAUUGGGCUCGUGCUGGUCUUGGGUUACCAUUGUUGUCUGAGGACCAAGAUUUAAAAGGUGCAGCAGGGCGACGUAGCUUGUCUCCAGAUCAAGGUCAAUAUUAUUCAAGUACAGUAGACAGUCAAAGAGGGACGCCAGUAGGGGCUAGUGAUGAUGAGUCCACUAGUCGAGCAGCUAAUGGCACACCACAUUCCAUUGUUCAAAUGCCUGAUGAUUCCAUCAAUAUCUAUGACAACACAUCACUAAAGAGGACUGAUAGCUUACAAGGAGGACAGGCUUCACGAAAAUCUUCAAAAUUAUUAGAAAAUUCGAAACAAAUAGCAAACUUUGAUCAUGAUGAAAACAAGUAUAAACAAAAAUCUACAUUUGCAUGGAUCAGCCGUUGGUGGAAAAACACACUUCCUUCAUCACGUGUGAGAAGAGCGGGUGGAAUCUACCGGCGCUAUUGGAUUUUACUAUUUGCAGUAAUAGCCAUUGUAGUGAUCCUAUUGUUGCUCAGUCAUAGGGAAGUCAGUGAAGAAAACCCAUUUGGAUAUAUUCAGGAUGACGAUCGAAUGAUAUUGCAGAAAAACUAAUGUAUGUAAUAAUCUUAAUAACAAUAUUUAUAAAAUGAAGCAAUUUGUAAAGUGAUAAUGUAAAGCUAUUACAUGUACUAUAA